AUGGCCCAAUUUAGCUUGGCAGCUGCCCUCUCCAUGGUCCUUUUGGUCGCGUCCAUGGCGGCCCUCGUCUCCGCCCAGGAAAUGGCCCCAGCUCCCUCGCCGUCGCAGGUGACCGGCGCUGGGUUCUCCGUUCCCGCCUCCGGCGCCUUCGUCGCCGUCUCUGUCGUCGUGUCGCUCAUGGGUCUGCUGAAGAUGUAA